AUGCUGAGCCAGCUGCACCGUCUGAAACACAAGGGGAAUCCUAGUGGCAACAAUGUAGAAAAAGAGUUGACCUGUCCGAAAUGCGGGGACGUAUUUGACGAGUGGCAGGAGCUAAUGGACCACGUGGAGGAACAUGGGCGACCCACGGAAAAAUGUCGCUCUUGUGAUGAGUGGUUUGACAAUCUGGAUGCACACCUGCGACUUGGAAAUUGCCGGUCAUCGGCACAGCUGGAGUGUUCGAGUAGCCCUGAUACCACCGAUGCUGGAUUGUUGAGAUCUUCCAGCACUAACAACAAGAGUUCAAGUGAACACUAUCCUUGUCAGGAUUGUGGAAAAGAGUUUGAACAUAAGUCCGAUCUGUCCGAGCACCAGAAGACGCACCUCAAUCUGACGUUCAUUAAGAGCUUUACUUGCCACGAAUGCGGAAUGCGGUUCACAACGGAAGCGCUGCAUCAGUUGCACGUUUUACAACACGGGAGCAUCGUAGGUGUCGGAAUGCGCCAUCCCCGCGAACGGAGAUGUCCACAUUGUAACAAAUCGUGCAAAACCUUGAGGGAGCUGGUGGAACAUGUGGACCAACACGGGAGGACGACGGAUAAAUGCUCAGAGUGUAAUCGCUGGUUUGGUCACCUGCCGGGCCACGUGCGACGCAAUCACUCAUCGUCCGCUAUGGAGGAUAAUUUAGUAGUCUACCGGGAAUCUUCGCCAGAAAUACUGCAGGCUCCGUCCAUCGUCAUUGCCCACGAAAAAGAUCGGGGACUGGAUGAAGCAAAAGAUGUGGGUGAGUCUGGCCAUGAAAGCAGCAGCGACGAAUCCCUGUACACUCCUGACAGUGACGCAUCCAGCGAAACUUCCGCGUCCUCUUGA